AUGAUGGAAACGAAAGUUUUCCUGAUUGUACUUCUACUACCAAAAAUUCUGAAAUGUCUCAUGUAUCAUGCACGUCAUGAUGCUAGACUUGAUGUGAACAUCACUUCUGGGGGGUCUGAAGACUACACCAUCCAACUUGCUCAUGUUCUGUCUGAAAUUUACCUUCACGAUGAUAUUGUUUUUUGUAUCGAGAAUCAAUUGAAUACCAGUGUCUAUGUUGAUUUAUGGGAUUUUGAAAAAAACAAUACUUUGCGGUUCAUUCAACUUGAUAAGAAACUGACUUUUGUGGAACUCAAUGGGACUUCGAGUUUUCUCUCAAUGAUCCAAAAUGGGCUGAACAUCACUGUCCGUGCGGAGAACUCGUUUGUUAGUGGUUCUCUCAUUUUUAAGAGAUGUCGGGAAAAUGUCUUCACAUCUAUGGAAGGAGAGUUAACGUCCCAAUGGAUUCCGUUCAAAAAUUGGGAUUCCACUAUCCACGUUCCGUUUUCAAUUAUACCACGUGAGAGUACCUCCAGAUAUGUUCACUUCUCUACAAUUCUGCCUCGACGAGUGUUGGCUGGGAACCAUUGGCCACGAACAGCAUUUUGCAUCAAUGCUACUUUGGAAGGGAGUAUAGAUAUUCGAAUGUCACGAUGCAAGAACUGGAAAACAUUCAACAUCAAUCUCGUUCAAACGAAUAGACGACAGAUAGCCCGCUACUGGAAUGAUUUCAUCUCACUAAAAGAAAAAUGUGCAGAUGAUGAAGAAUCUUUUCCAGAUCAUUUGUGGUUGGAAAUUGAGUCUGUAGAUCAUAGUGGAAUCGGAGAAGUUAUCAUCUACAACUGCCAUCAUACUUGGGUUCGCGGUGAAAAUGAUGAAGAAGUUAUCAAAAUUACUUCUACUCUCGACAAAAUUGAAUCAACAUUUUGGAGUUUCGAUUAUGUUGUUUUACCUCAUCACCAAAAUACCUACUUUGCUCCGAUCAAACAUAUGAUAGAUACAGCAUUGGUGACCGGUUCUGAUGUCAGAUUAACAUUUGAAAAAGAGCUUCCUUCGACUAUUUCGUUCAGUGCGUGUUACUCGUCAAUGAAAUACACAAUUCCUGUCGAUGCCAAUCACAAAAAAAUGAAUUUGACCAGAGAAGCUUUGGAAAUAAUUUCUCAUUUUUUGAAUGAUCUCAACUGUCCGGAAGAAAAAAUCUACCACGGAGUUUAUGUGACUAUUGAAUCAGGAGAAAUCGAAGUCAUGGGAACCACCUACUUCCGAGUAGUUGGUUACAGCGGAGUAAAUACGCCAGAAGGGAGACUGAAGGGUGACCAGCACACUACUGUUGCGUUUAAUUUGAAUAAAGGAGACACUAUAUCUCGAAACGUAAAUAUUCAAGAUUUCAUCAAAGCAGGAAAAAAUAAUGCUCACGUCGAUCUUUAUGAAAUGUUCAAUUGCACUGGACUUGUUCAACUGUAUAUCAGUCGCUGCGAAUUUUCACCAAAGCUGAAAAUUUUCAAACCGAUGAAAAGUGGAACAGCGAUACUUGAGAAACCAACAAUCGAUUUCAUCUCUAAAUUUUUUGAGGACUCAAGUUGUCUGUCAGAUUUUCAGCCUAUUCGAUAUGAAUACGAAUCAGAAGAUAAGUUUGGUUUGUACUUGCAUAUCGAAGCAGUGGAAAACACUAUCGGCUAUGUUGCAAUUUAUGAAUCAUUCAGAGCAAAGAUGAGAUUGUAUGAGUUGAACGAGGAGUACAUACAAGAACCAUAUGAGAGAAGAGUGGAUGAAACUAUGCGAGUAUUCAAGGGAUCAGAAUCAAUGGUGGAAAUGGUAAUCACUCAUUUAUUGGAAAGAGCAAGAAUGAAACCAGCUGUAUCCCUUCGUUUGUAUGUGUCUAGUUCCGCACCAAUUGAGUUUUCAAUCACCAAAUGCGAAGACGACGACAGAACAGAGUGGAAUACUUUAACAUCUGAACUUAAUGGCAGUGCAACUGCUUGGUACACUUUUGAUGGGGAAGGAUUGGAUCUCUUGACUGGAUACUCAGAAUCAAGAAACUGUAAAGACAAAUUUCACUCAAAAUUAUUCUUCCACGCAAAAUCUGAUCGCCUUGCCUAUGUCCGCGUUGAGUUCUCAAUUGUCAACGGAACCGAUUUGAACCAAGUCAGCACUUGUUCAGUCACUGAACAAUUACAUCUUAGAGCAAGAGAACUUCAUCAAAAAGUUAUCCUUCUACUCGUGGAGGUAGCAAUGAUUGUGGUGAUAAUUUUGGGUACAUUGUUGUGGUUGUACAUCCUUGGAAGACACAGAAGACAAACUGCAUCUGAAGUAGUUCCAACCCAGCUCACUGCUGUCUCAAUGUCGACUGCAGGCCCAAUGGCUGUCGAAGUUUGA